AUGCUUAAUUUGGUGGAGCACUUUCUCCACGACCUUUUCUCAACGUCUGGAGGUGGAGAUGAAAGUCAACUGGCGAAUGGGGGGAAUCCUGUAGUUGGGCGGCAGCGUGGCGCUUCUUCCUUUUUGGAGACCUUUUUCGACGUCUCGAUUGGAGGUAAGCCCUCAGGUCGAAUCGUCUUCGAUCUGUUCGACAAGACAGUGCCGAAAACAUCGGAGAACUUUCGUUCCUUGUGCACGGGUGAGCAUGGCGCUUCACCGCGAUCCGGUGUGCCUCUGACUUACAAGGGCAGCAAGUUUCAUCGGGUGAUUCCGAAUUUUAUGUUGCAGGGCGGCGACUUCACGCACGGCACGGGCGUGGGCGGAGAAUCAAUUUAUGAGGGUGGAAAGUUUGAUGACGAAAAUUUCACGCACACACACACCGGACCGGGUAUGCUUUCGAUGGCGAAUUCGGGGGCAAACACCAAUGGGAGUCAAUUCUUUAUCACGACGGUAUUGCUUUGUUACAAAUACUUAGUUAUUUCUGGCGUUCUCAUACACAGAGACACAUGGAAACAAUGAAUCGAUGAUACAAGAAGAGGCACCGAUAGUUUUUUUUUUCCGUAUCUGUCAUGUUUGAAUUUUUCCGUUGAAUUCUACUGCUCUUGUUACUUCUAUCAGAACUAAGCUGUAUUUUUAUCACGCACUCACGAAUAUCUAUUCACCUACCAGGCUGAGACGCCGUGGCUCGAUGGGCAUCACGUUGUUUUUGGAAAAGUCAAGAGCGGUAUGGACGUGGUGCGCUCUAUUGAGGCCGAAGGCUCUGAGAGUGGCGCGACGAGCAAUGAGAUCGAAAUUACAAAUUCCGGUGAAUUGGGCACAGGGACCAAGGGAUCAAAAGAAAGUGGUCUGGCGCUGGCUGCAGCAAGCAACUUCCUGCAGGUAGCACCAAAUGACGACUUCUACAAAUUUGGCGGUCAUGAGAACACCUUGAUGUACAGCAGGAGUAGUAGUUUUAGAGGCAGUUGGAGAGAGCAUCAUCAUCAUGUGAUGUCCACCUCCACACGUUCCAGGUAUAAUCCUGCCGGUGCUACUUCCUUUCAACUCAGACGAAAAGCAGUAGGAGGGGAAAGCGAUAAUAUUGAUGGACGGCCAAGAAUGGAACACGCCGCAGAGCAUCACACGACUUGGCAGGAAAAUGUUUCGAAGGGAGCACGAGCUACGUCGCCGUCGAGGACGGUCGAAGGAAGAAAGAGUAUGAGUAGCAGAGCUUUGAUGGAGGUGAUAGCUAGAAUAGCAAGAGAUGGCAGAACUAUUUUUCAUGAGAAUUUGAUUUCAGAUCCUUCACAACGCCGAGGUUAUAGAAACCCUGUAAAUUCACAAAUGGCUCCUGGAAUUCUUAGAACUGAAGCUGAUUCCCAGGUAGCGUUCGCUAUUCGUAGCAGUAGUAGUAGUGCAGUCACGAGAAUGAAGCACCAAGUAAGAUGUAUACCCUAUUACAAUCUCCAAGAGCAUGCGCAUGGUUCCUCUGGACUGAGAAAUGAACCGACAGCUUUCUUUAUCAAUAUCGAUGCUUGGUUUCAUCGAGAAAAACAAGAAGUAGUUCCUUUUGAGUACCGCCAGCCAGCAGAGUUGUCCUAUUUUGACUCGCACGAGCGCAUCUGGCCCCCUCCUGGCGAAGAUAGUGAUGAUAAACCUCCUGAAUUAAAAAGUGACUGGUGAAAGCUGUAGUGGAAUCACGGAUGAAUGAGUUCUUUGUGUACCAAAUAUAAUGUGUCAGUUUACAACAAAGUUUUCGCGUGAUUCGAUGACGCUUUAC